UUUUAUUUAUGUUUUAUAUAUAUAUGCUUUGGAUUUGAUUUUUAGGCGGAUUUGUAUACAUCCAGAAGGGAAUAAGGUAAACUGCUUGCCAAUCUAUUUGACUGUUGGUGAUAAUGCUAAUUUUACUGCUGGUUGGAGCAAAACUGCUAACAUUAAGAUGUCUCUAAUUAAUCAGCUCUAUUCUGAUGACACCAUAACACAUGUGGCUGUGCGUACCUACGAGCACAACAGCACAGGCGUUGUUGCUGCCUAUGGUUUCCCAUCCUUUGUGUCUUUACCUGAAUUUCGUGACCCUAGUGAAGGGUUUCUUGUGAAGGACACAUGCAUAAUUGUUGCCGAGGUUUCUGUCGAGAAUUCAGGACAUGAAGAUACUAAUGUUGAUCACUUGCCCAAGAAAAUGUACUCAUCAACAUGUGAUGAGUUGAUCAAUUUCAAGGGUCUAUGCCAAAUAGAAAAAGACCAUGUUAAUCUGUUGGAGGAAGCAUGUUUGAAGCAUCCUUCCAUUAUUGAAAGCCAUCGAAAGAGAAAACGGAGUCAGAAGUUCACAGAAUGGUCAAUCACAACUCUAGGGAAAGUGUUGCAUUUUCUAAAGACUAAAAAAGUGAAGGACAUGAAUGAUGAUGCAUGUAAGGAGCUUCAAGAUUUGUGGGAGGAGCUUGAGAUGGUUAAGUUUGAUGAUUUGAGUUGCUGAAGCCCCAUGUUGAAUCUGCGUUGAGUAUGAAAAAUUACGCGGAGAGAUUGAUGAAGGUGAAAAGGCUGAAGGGUAGUGUAGUUGCUCUAGAGGUUAAGAGGAGGAACCUGAAAGAACUGAUGAUUUUAGCAGAGACAGAUCUUGAAAGAGCAAGAAAGGAAUUGGCAAUAGCUGAAAAAGGGUUUGUAAAGAGAGAAUUGGAUGAUGAACUAGGGUGCGGAAUACCCUAAUUAAGAUGACUGCCAAAUUAGACUUCUAUUUUGGUUUGCUGGCUGAGAUUAUAUUAGAAUCUAUUUAUA